CGAUAGUCAGCCGUUGCAUCCUGAAUUUUCUACAAGUUUGGCUUUCGGGAGCCUGUUUCUCAAUCAGCAUAAGAUAUAUUCAGGGAUCAAGGCUUAUGCGAGUCGAGCGACAAAGUUCAAAACUAUGGGUGUAAGACGUGUUGCAGUAAUUGGCUUGGGUCCAGGUGGCGCUAUCGCAGUGGACGCACUCGCUCGAGAACGGGCUUUCGAUGUCAUACGUGUGUUCGAAAGAAGGGCAAGUCCAGGCGGUUGUUGGAUUGAGGACGAAGCGCCCCCUCCGCCCUUUGAUCAUACUAUAUUUGCAUCGCUAGCGACCCGUACUGCGGAUGCUCCUCUAGAGACGCCAACAAGACUUCCGAUACGCCUCCCAAAAUCCAAGCAGACGCGUCACACUGAAUCAUCGGUUUAUCCAUACCUAGAAACCAAUGUCGACAGCAUUCCAAUGUCAUUUUCCCAGGAACCUAUCUCUGAUCAGCGGAGUCCAACAUCGAUAGCCAAACAUGGUAUUGACACACCAUUUAGACAUCAUUCCACCAUUCGUGAAUACAUCGCCUCUCUGGUGAACCGAAAAGGUUACGGGGAGUUCGUUUCCUACAAUACAACGGUCGAGCUAGCGGAGAAAGUAGGAAAUGAAUGGCGAUUGGUGCUCCGAAGAGAGGGAAGUUUUGCUGAAGACGACGAGUGGUGGGAGGAGAUGUUCGAUGGAGUCGUCGUAGCGAACGGGCAUUAUAGCGUUCCGUAUAUUCCCAAAGUUGAAGGGUUGGAGAAAUUUGAAUGGACACGACCAGGAAGCGUAAAACACAGCAAGAUGUUUCGCGGUAAAGAAGCGUAUCGAGACAAACGCAUCGUCAUCGUUGGCGCAUCAGUCUCUGCAGCUGACAUUGCCUACGAUCUCGUUGGCACUGCCAACGACCCAAUCUAUGCCGUGAUUCUCGGUCACAAAGCAAACGGCUACUUCGGCGACGAAGCGUUCAAAAACCCCGGUAUCGUUGCAAAGCCCUCAAUCUCGCACAUAAUGGAUGAUCGCACUGUACACUUUAUCGACGGAACAUCAGUCGCAAACGUUGACGAACUCAUAUUCGGAACAGGAUAUUCAUGGAGCCUCCCCUUCCUACCCCAUGUCGAAGUGCGCAAUAACCGCGUCCCCAACCUUUAUCAGCAUGUCGUAUAUCAGUCUGAUACCACUUUGCUCUUCGUUGGCGCCGUAGGCGCAGGCCUUACCUUCAAAGUAUUUGAGUGGCAAGCAGUACUCGCCGCGCGUGUACUCGCCGGUCGCGCAAAACUACCUCCACUCUUGGAACGACAGCAGUGGGAGCGAGAGAGGACAGAAAGACUUGGCGAUGGUGCCAUGUUUACGUUUGUCUUUCCAGAUUUCGAGGAGUACUUCGAGACUUUGAGACACCUGGCGGGUGAUGACGGACCGGGCAGGAAGUUGCCCAAGUUUGAGAAGCAGUGGCUUGAUGUGUUCAUGGCUGGUCAUGAGAUGAGAAAGAAAUGGUGGAGAGAAGAGAAUGCAAAGGCCAGGCAGAUGUACAUCGAAGAUUCAAAAGCGAGGUUAUGAAGAUAGACCUCAUAGGCAGAUCUCAGGUGCCUGUGAAUGUGCAGACACAUUCGAUUAGCGGCGACUGUAUUCAUUUCUCCCUCAAGUCACGUACCAACAAGGCUUACGUUUAUGGGCAUUGACAUCGCCGGAUUAAAUUAACCAUCAAAAGCGA